UUGAAAUACACAUCCCCUUCAUGGUCUUUGACUUCAAGAUAUUUGACUUCAAAAACUAAAAAACUAAAAAAAAAAUACUUUAAGGUGUUGAAUGCAAGAUUUCACUUGUUGUGGUCAUGUAUUAGUACUUUUUUUUUCUAAGUGCUAAAGCACAUUUAGUCUACCUCCAAAGCCUGUGUGGCAUUAAUGACCUCUCAUACAUGAGCGACCACCGCAGCAAACCCACCCGCAUUAGCAGCUGCUCUCUCUCUCUCUCUCUCUCUCUCUCUCUCAGUGUGUUUUAGUCUCUGCGCUCGACGGUCGGAUGUUGGCUGAUCUGUCAUCACUGUUAUCGAUCGUUGUUUAUCGGAUCAAUAACAUCAGAGCGGGAUGAAGCUUCUCUGCAGCGGAUCAAUCGCCUAUCUACUGAUUCUCCCUUUCCUCCCAGUUUACCUGGCCGCUCAUGGUCGCUAUGCUCAGAAGCUGAUGAAUGACUUGUUCUCUAACUACACCAACGCCUUGCGGCCCGUGGAAGAUACCGAUCAUAUCAUCAACGUCACACUGCAGAUCACCCUCUCUCAAAUCAUUGACAUGGAUGAGAGGAACCAGAUCCUGACUACAUACCUGUGGAUCCGGCAGAUCUGGAUGGAUGCAUACCUCACCUGGAAGAAAGAGGACUAUGACGGCCUGGACACCAUUCGCAUACCCAGCAGCUACGUAUGGCGACCUGAUAUCGUCCUGUAUAACAGUGCAGACGAUGAGUUCUCCAGCUCAAUGGAGACCAACGUGGUUCUACGUAAUGAUGGUCAGGUCAUGUGGGACCAGCCAGCCAUCACCAAAAGCUCCUGCUCUGUGGAUGUGGCCUUCUUCCCCUUUGACAUGCAGCAGUGUUACCUAACCUUUGGCUCCUGGACCCACAAUGGCAACCAGAUGGACUUGAUCAAUGCUUUGGACAGUGCUGACCUGACUGACUUUGUCCACAAUGUGGAGUGGGAGGUUCUUGGCAUGCCAGCCAAGAAGAAUGUCAUCCUGUAUGGUUGCUGUUCAGAUCCGUACCCCGACAUCACAUUCACCCUCAAACUAAAGAGACAUGCCUCCUUCUACAUCUUUAACCUCCUCAUUCCCUGCAUGAUGAUCUCCUUUCUGGCUCCCCUGGGAUUCUAUCUGCCGGCUGACUCUGGUGAAAAAGUUUCUCUGGGUGUCACGGUGCUACUGGCCCUCACCGUGUUUCAGUUGCUGGUGGCUGAAAGCAUGCCGCCUUCUGAGAGCGUCCCACUGAUAGGAAAGUACUACAUUGCUACCAUGACGAUGGUCACGGCAUCAACAGCACUCACCAUCUUCAUCAUGAACAUCCACCACUGCGGUCCUGAGGCUCGUCCUGUUCCACAAUGGGCCGAGCGUGUCAUCCUUAAUUACCUUGCCCGCAUCUGUUUUGUCUAUGAGGCUGGCGAGAACUGUUUCGGCAGGACCUCAGCCAGCAAAAAAACUCUGUCAGAGGAGGAAGCCCCAUCAGCCAAUGAUGGUAACACCAAAGGAACAAACUGGGAUGUGAACGGGCAGGCGUGGGGCAGGAGCGUGGAGGAGGAUGGGUCUGGGGAGUCCCUGGACCAGGGGACGGACUGGAAAGAGGAUAUGUUUGUGACCAUUGACCACUCAGAGGGGGAAGGAGCUGCUGGAGGAGAUAAAGUGGAGCAAAAGAAAUCAAAGAGUGCCUGUGGAGGAGGAGAAGAGUAUGUUGAGGAAAAGAAAGGCGUAGGAGGUGAACCAGGAGGCGGCGCUGGGGGGAAUAGGAAGGAGAUCUUGGUGAGAAUCCAGUGUGUGUGCCAGCACCAAGGACUUCGCAGGAACAUUGAGUACAUUGCCAACUCAUACCAGGACCAGCGAGAUGGACAACUGCGCAUUGGGGAGUGGAGAAGGGUCGCCAAGGUCAUGGAUCGCUUCUUUAUGUGGCUCUUCUUCAUUAUGUUCUUCUUCAUGAGCAUCCUCAUCCUGGGACAAGCCCUCUGAUGGUGAUCCGGCUUAUCAUCAAGAGGUUGAAAAAAGCGAGUUGGUACACUGAACCAUUAAGGCCAAAGUUAGUGUUCAUUUUGUCGAAGGAAGUGAACAAUUUCAUAUGUGUUUAUAGGCUUAAUUCACCUUUUUUUGUACAGCAAAACAAACUCUGUGGUACCUUUGCAAACAAUAAUUUCAAUCAGAAGAACCACAGAGAUGUGAGGGUAAAAUAAUCAAGAAAAGACAUCUCAGUGUGUCAAAUAACCCCAUUUCAUUUACAAGUUUAGUGCCCAGCUGCAAAAAGGGUUUUCUUACUCAUAUGUAACAAAAACAUCUGCAGCAGAUUCCUUGUGUCAAAGUCACAAACACUAAUUUACCUAGUCAAGUAGGGAUUUCUGUACAGUUGCCAUGGUAAUGCCAUUUCUGCUCAACUAAAUUAUUAAUGAUUACAAGCAAAACUAUUGUGUUCUUGUGUGUGAUAGUUUUAUUGGGAAUUUUGUUACAACUGUCAACUUGAGAAACUUAUGUUUGAUGAAACUGAUCCUGCAAAGUAAAUAUGAUCUGAAAGUAGCAACAAAUGAGGUGAGAAAUAUGGAUCUCCACAGGGUUUUCUCUAACAUUUUCAGUUUGUUAUCAAAACUCAUCAAUCAUAUUUUUCGUUGCUAAGAAUGUACACACACCUGAACAUGAAUUUAAAAUGCACUCACAAACCAAACGUAUUUAUUUCUGAGGAAAUUAAAUGAAGAAAAGGAGAAGUAUCAUGCAGCUCAUCAUAUAGAUUGGUUGGUUUCAGCAUUUUUCACAAAAGAUUUUAAAGAUAAAUCAUGAUUAAAUAUUUUUUAAAGUAGAAAUAGGUAACUCUUUUUGCUUUCACUUAUAUAGAACAAUGACACGUUUGGAUUGUUUUUUCUUGCUCGCUUUCGCAGUUCUGUCUGCCACCAGACACAAUUCAGGAAAAUGAAGGCUAGCUUUAGGAGACUUAUGUAGAGACCAAAUGAAGAACAAACUCGUUACUCUAGUGUUACUCCACUCCUUGUUUGAAGCAACAACGUUACUCAAACCAUGCUAUUACUAUGCAAUACAUGUGGCUACAAUAAUUUUUGCCUUUUCCCAAAUUCAGUCUAAAAUUGUUCAAUAUAAAACAUUUCUAUUUCACUUCAGUGAAAAAGCUUCGUUCUUCUCUCUGAUUUCCAAAGUGCUAUCAUUUCUUCACAGGUUCUGAGGAGAACGGAAAGCGAUCCAACAGUGACGCAAACAAUAAUACCAGUUAGA